CCUUUUUUAUUAUAAAAAAAUUAUUUUCUUAAAUAAAACAUUAUAAAAAUAAAUACAUUGCACUUUAACAAAGAUAAUUAAUUUUUGAAUAAACCAAUUUGUUUAAAUUAUUGUUGUGCUUCAUCUGGGUAGAGUCUCUUCGUCCGUACCUGAGCUGCCAAAUGCCAAGCACCAGCUACCCUGCCAGGACAUCAAAUGCUUUACACACGCGGACACGCCUGUCAGUGUCAGUGGUACGAAACGCCGAAGUUAAAUUCUGUCAUCACUGAUAUCACAUUAUCACAAGUGACGGGAGUUUAUAAUGCGGUUAUAAAACCAGGGAAAAUGUUUCACCUUUGAUAGCGAUUAUUGGGUGACGUUGGAUUUUAUUUUGAAUUUGUUUGUUUUACCGAUUGACGGAUGACAACCAGGGCGUAGAUUCAGACUCGAGCCGUCCCACAUGAAAACAUUCCGAAAUGGACGAAUUGAAGACGAAAAUCUUCGAUUUUAUGCACAUACAAGUGAAUCCAAAAAUCCCCAUCGUCGGUGGCUUCUCGACAGUCCAGCAGCAAAACGCACCCGAGCCCGAGGAUGCUCCCGUCAGGAAGGAGAAGGAAUCGGAACGACCCUCCGACCAGGAAAUCCUCGAGGCAAUUGACCCGAAGCAUUUCUCGAUGGAAAAUGAGUUCGACCCUGGAAGAUACGAACUCGAGAAAUUUGUUGAAAUGGAUAUGUCGAAGAUAGAAGACCACUUGCAUCAUUUAAAGCAACAACAAGUGGUAGUUUCAAACAAAGUGUUGCAAAUGAUUCUCGAGAAACAGUCUGCCUGUCAAGAGGAGUUUACCAGGAUAACAGAAAUUCAGGCUGGACUUGAUAUGAUUUUGAAAGGUGUUCAAGUUGGAAGAGCUGAGCUCGGAAUGGCCACCAGACACUUUACUACCGCAAGCCUCGGCAUUUUAGCAAACUAUAGAAAACGAACUUUGGCCCAACAGCUUUUGAGCUAUUUAAAUACAAUAAAAACCUUGUACAAAACGGAAUCCAAAUUACGAGAGCUUCUGAAUACUGGCGAUUUUCCUGGUGCUAUUGGUCUUCUCCUUGAGUGCCAAGGUGUAGCUAGCACUUACAAACAUUUCUCUUGCGUAGCAGCUUUAAGUAUGAAACUUAAAGAGACGCUAGAAAUGGCUGAAGAAAAGCUAGAUAACACAUUGGCUGAGAUGUGUUGUGGCUUUGAAGAAAACAUUUAUGAAAAACUUCAUUCGGCGUAUUUUCUUCUCGGCAAAACACAAAUUGCAAUGGACCAAUUUCCAAUGCAUUUCACUUCUGCAGUACAAACCACGGCUUCGAGUGUUGUGCGCAACUUUAUUGACCCUGGACAGCAAAACUUGAGGGAAAUGCAAUAUUCUGAAAUGUGUAAGGAAGUUAAAGAAGAAAAUUUUAUCCCUUGCCUCCUCACCCUUUGUAAAUCCUUAUGGUGUAUUGUGUUAAGUUACAAUAAAGUUGUAGCCUGGCAUCACCAAACUUCAAAAUUGACUGAAGAUUCAGAUUUUGAAACAAAAAAGAAUGAACAGAAAAUUAAACAAAAGCUGAAUAAGGGUUUCUCUAGACUCUGGCAUGAUGUACAGACAAGGGUCAGUUCACUUGUAAUGGCGGCUAAUCUUUCAUUGUAUAAGAUUGAUGACUUCCUCCAAGUUCUAGGCAUCCUUCACAGACUGACUCAGAUCGGUGAAGAAUUUUGUGAAAGCGAAUCCGAAGAAGUCGCUUCUUCUGUAAGAGCUAAAAGUAGUGAUUAUUUUAAUUCAUAUCACUCGGCAAGAUUAGAUGACUUGAAGGUCUUUCUUGAGAAUGAAUCAUGGACACCAUGUCCUGUCCGAUGUGAUUUCUCUCUUCUGCAUCUUCAGGAGUUCCAAAACAUACGUUUAAGUGUGGAGGUAUGUGCGGGUGUGAAAACUUUGCCAGACAACUCAGGUGAAACUAGCUCUGCCGGAACGAAUUUCUUCAGUAGGUUUCCAAACCCUUUGGCGGGUACUCCUUUUGAUUCGAGCUUCCAGGUGGAUUCUAAAGAGGAGAACAUUCUUGCAAACAUUCCAGAUGACGGUACGGGGUACUAUAGUGAAGACAGUGAAGACGAUGUUGAAAUAAGCACAAUAGAUACAGAUAGUAAAACCAAGAAAAGUAUUUGCGAACCAAAUUACAAAGGACCAUUACUAACAAAUACUACACUAACUGUCUUAAGGUCUUGUGGAAAAUAUCUACAGAUGUCAAGGCUUUUGAAAUCAAUUUCAUCUGAAGUUAUUGUAGCGAUGGCUCAGCUUUUUGAAUACUACCUUUAUACGAUUAAUUCUUUUUUUUCUUCCGAUUUACCUGACACUUUAUGUGACAACUUUCCGUCCUUAAAGCUACAAUCUGUUUUAAAUCGAAUUAAGGAAAGUCUUAUCUUGUCUGAUGAAACAUUCCAUGAGGGUGAUAGUAAUACAAAAGUUUAUGUUGCUCAAAUUUCUCCGAUCGUUGAUUUAAAGUCACCAGAUACGGUUUAUGGCCUGGGCGAAAGGAUUAUUGCCGUUGAAUCUCUAAUUUUUCUCGCUCAGGAGUAUAAUUUACUCAAAUCAUACCUGGAAAAAUUGAUUUCACCUCAAUGUUCUUCUUUUGUAUAUCUCAACCAAUUUUAUAGCCAGACUGUAGCAGUUGCAAGUGAAAUUCGCAAAUCAGUUUAUGCAUGUUCUGUGUGGAGGGCAAUUGAUGCCAAAUGUAUAUUAUCAAAAAUGUCCAAAGUUGAUUGGGAAGUAAAAGAUGUAAUGAGCCAACAUAGUGAAUAUGUUGAUGUUUUAUGGGAGGCAAUAAAACUUUUUGAUACCAGAUUAAGUGUAAUUAAAACAUAUUUCAUCAUACCUAAGCCAGCUUUAGAUGUGAUAUGGGGCCGUUUGAUACUCCUGAUUUGUAAUAUUUUUGUAGAAGGAUUUGCCACAUCGAAAAAAUGUUCCAGCGGAGGAAGAGCAUUGAUGCAAUUAGAUUUUAUACAAUUAAUUUCCAAAGUGCAGACUUUGUGUAUGCUCUCUCCAAUUCCACAUAGAGAAUUUGUCGAAUCAUACAUCAAAGCUUAUUACCAGACUGAAGAUGUUUUAGAAACCUGGUUAAAAGAUCAUAAGGAAUAUUCAAGCAAGCAACUGACCGCUCUUGUACAUUGCGCGUGUCAAAGCAGCAAAAAGGCGAGACAGAAAUUGUUACUGUUAAUUGAAGAGUUGGAAAAAAACAGAUGAAUUAUUUUAUACAAUUAUUCCAGUUAUUUGUAUGUAAAUGUAUAUGUAUGUAAUAUUAAAAGUAUACUUUUUUUUA